AUGUUUCGCUCACUAGUAACUAGUGUGACGAACAGCCCAGCUUGUGAGUUUGCCGGCCGAAUUCUUUCGGCGAACGGUGGUCAUAUAACUCAGCAGAGAGGUCGCCGAAGAACACUGACACCCGUUCCAUGGCUUCCUCCAGUCAAUGAGCAUGUUAAGAAAUCUAGCGUUGGAAUCAGCAAAGUAACUAAAACCCUCCUAGAAACUGUUAUCGAAAAAGAAACUCAAGUAGCUUCAACAUUUGCAAAUCAUGCCUCUCACCAGGCCGCCACUUCUAUCGCUGAUAUUCCUGCAUCAUCACGACGGGUAGGACUUGUUGUGCGCAAAAUUGGAAUGCUUCCGCAGUGGACCAAAGAAGGAGGUCGAAUUUUGUGUACUAUUCUAGAAGUCGACGAGAACCAUGUUGUCGGCAUCACAUCUCCGGAUUCUUGGUAUAAAGCAUCAGCGAUUGGAAAAAGAAAGGCAUUUAAUCGGCACGGACCUAUGUGGAGAGUAACUGUUGGGGCAACAAAUCAAGAUCCGACAAACUACACCUCUGCCUAUAGAAAAAAGUUCACCAGAGCUGGUGUACCAGUCAAAGAAACUCUUGGAUGCUUUUUGGUGACGGAAGAUGCUCUCCCAUUACUAGGACAACCACUGGAUGCUCGCCACUUCGAGGUUGGACAAUAUGUAACUGCAACUGGAAAAACGAUUGAUUGGGGUUUCCAAGGUGGAAUGCAUCGUUGGGGUAUGCGUGGGCAACCAACACGCCGAACAACCAAGUCUCACCGCAGGAUCGGUUCGGUAGGAUCAGUAGGUGAUGCCAGAAUUUGGCCAGGAAAGAGAAUGCCGGGACACAUGGGUUACGAAUGGAAAACUGUUUCGGGUUUAGAGAUUGUUCGAAUUAAUAUUGACAAGCAAGUCAUGUAUGUGAAAGGAUCGGUUCCAGGCGAUAUGGGAGAGAAACUCUUGCUAAAAGAUUGUCUUCAAGAAGAGAAACGAUUAAAGUCUGGUCCAAUGCCAACAUGGACUCCAUCUCUGGAAACUAUUGAAGAAGAACCCGAGUGUCCAGAAGAAGGUGUUGUUCCGAAAAACCUGCUUUUCAAGGAAACGUUUUCGCCAAAGUUAUUCCGUUUCACAUCACCCUCUAUUGUUUAUUCUGAUGCUGAUGCAAAGAAAGCGGCAGGAAGAGAUAAAACUAAAGCCAAGAUUGCUAAAGUCAAGAAGUAA